UCGAGCGAGAAGGGCUGCCGAAGGGCAAACCCAGGUUAUUCACUCCUUCUUUUGUUUUGUUUUGGUUUUACCCCUGACUUGCCUGGCCAGGUACGAAGAAGCUACCCACGAGCUCAUUAACGAGGAGCUGGGCAUCGCAUACCCCAUCAUUGAUGGCAUCCCAUAUAUGAUCCCAGAGGCUGCCAGGACGACUCAGAAGAAGCCCCCAGCUGAGGGCUCGGAGCAGCCCUGA